AUGUCUAAAGUCCUGAAGUUCCUCGUUCCAGCCGCCGCCGUCGCCGGCGGCCUCUACUUUUACCAGACCGGCUCUGCGGCAGCGCCGGCUGCACUUGUGCCUCCCGCCUUGAAGGGCGACGGCGAGUGGGUCGACCUCAAGUUGACAAACGUGAAGCCGGUGUCGAACGACACGAAGGUGUACACGUUUGCGUUCCCAAACGCCAACCAGACGUCCGGGUUGGUUGUUGCGUCGGCAAUCCUGACCAAGUACGUGACCGAGAAGGGCAACAACGUGGUGAGACCAUACACCCCGAUCACCGACGUCAGAAAGAAGGGCUCGUUCGACUUGCUGGUGAAGACGUACGAGGGCGGGAAGAUGUCCGUCCACAUGCGUGGCUUGGAGGUGGGCGACAGCUUGCCGUUCAAGGGCCCUAUUCUGAAGUGGAAGUGGGAGCCUAACCAGUUCAAGGAGAUCGGCCUCAUUGGCGGAGGCACCGGUAUCACCCCGCUGUACCAGCUGGUGCACGAGAUCCUCUCGCACAACGAUGUCGACAAGACCAAGAUCACCCUCUUGUACGGGUCCAAGACCAUGGACGACAUCUUGCUCAAGGAGGAGUUGGACGCGUUGGCCGCCAAGUACCCGGACCAGUUCACCGUCAAGUACUUUAUCGACAAGAUUGUCGACUCCAGAAAGGACGACAAGAUCACCGUCGGCUACAUCGGCAAGGACGUGUUGGAGUCCAACUUGCCUAAGCCUUCCGCCGACUCGCACGUCUUCAUCUGCGGGCCUCCUCCUCUCUACAAGGCCCUCUCCGGAGUCAAGGUGUCCCCUACCGACCAGGGCGAGGUCUCCGGUGUCUUGAAGGAGUUGGGCUACGACAAGACCGACGUGUUCAAGUUCUAA